GCUGGACACCUCAGUCGGAGGGUGACCCGGGAUCAGACAGCGUUUCAGGCAGCGAGCCCGAGACACCCCCCAGCCCGCCAUGGCCCGGCUGCUCCGGGCAUCCUGCCUUUUGUCCCUGCUCCUGGCCGGCUUUGUCCCGCCGAGCCAGGGACAGAAGUCGAAGACGGACUGCUACUCCGACGUGAGCGGCACCAUCUUUGAGUACGGAGCCCUCACCAUCGAUGGGGAGGAGUACAUCCCCUUCAAGCAGUACGCUGGCAAGUACGUCCUCUUCGUCAACGUGGCCAGCUACUGAGGCCUAACGAACCAGUACAUCGAACUGAAUGCACUACAGGAAGAGCUUGCCCCAUUCGGUCUAGUCAUUCUGGGCUUCCCCUGCAACCAAUUCGGACAACAGGAGCCGGGAGAGAACUCGGAGAUCCUACCUUCCCUCAAGCAUGUCCGACCAGGCGGAGGCUUUGUCCCCAAUUUCCAACUCUUUGAGAAAGGAGAUGUGAACGGGGAGAAGGAGCAGAAGGUCUACACGUUCCUGAAGAAUUCCUGUCCUCCCACCUCGGAGCUGCUAGGCUCCCCUAAACGCCUCUUCUGGGAGCCCAUGAAGAACCACGACAUCCGCUGGAACUUUGAGAAGUUCCUGGUGGGGCCAGAUGGUAAACCCAUCAUGCGCUGGUACCACCGGACCACGGUCAGCAACGUCAAGUUGGACAUCCUGGCUUACAUGAGGCACCAAGCAGCCCUGGGGCUUAGGGGGAAGUAAUGGAGACCUGCCUCACCCCACACCCACCAUGCAGGGCCAGGGAAGGCCUCUGUUCAGGAAGGAAUCCGCUCCUCCAGCCACACCACACUCCCACCAUAGACCCCUUCCUAUUAACAAGGCCCCAGUCUGACACAGAAGCGUACAUACGGUUGUAUCUGUACUACUGUGCACAUGGGUGUUUGCUCAUGCCUACAAGUGUGUGAAUACACCCGCGUGUAUAGCCGCACGUGUCUGCCUGAACACCCCGGGAUGUGUGCCCUCAGCUGUGUGCUGUGUGGGGAGUGCUAGAGAGUGACACCCUUCUCUCCAGUGAUGGCACACUGUCAGCUGAGCCCAAAGGAAAAACCAGCUCCAGACCCAAUUAUUCUGCUCUACCUGGACCUUAGCUUCAGGUAGCUUCAGGGCCAGCAUCUCCCACUGCCUCUAAAUACCACCACUGAAGUGCCCGGAAGUUUCUGGGUUUGCCACACUGUCCAGCCUCCCUCCUUCCUGAAGGGCCCUCCCGAGCCCCCCAUCCCACCGCACGGCGCUCCCUGAGCAGCCAAGGCAGGCGAGAGCGCAAGGCACGUUCUCCAGGUCAGGAGUGGUGUCUCCAUGAAGGAGGGGCCCGAAGCCCUGUGGGCGGACCUCCCCUGAGCCUGUCCGAAGGGCCAGCCCUUAGUGCAUUCAGGCUGAAGCCCGCGGGCAGGGACGCCACCCCUGCUACUUUGGAGGAUGUGCCGUCAGUCCUCACCCUGACCCACGGCAUAAGACUCGUCCCCGUGUGCCCAGUAAAGCCUUUCUGCAGCA